AUGCUGUGCACGCACGCGGGCGGAGAAGGAGCACGGUCGGGGAGACCCGAUGAUCGCCAAGGCCAUCAGCCUAUAAGCGUCGCACUAUGGCUCUGCGCCCCUCCGCCUGGAUUCCUUAGUGGCCGCACUUCCCUGGCCUCUGCAGGAAUAUCUAACCCCGAUGGGGCAACAGCAGUCAAUACAUGUGAGACGGUUGGCUGUCUCGGUCUUACUGCUUGUGGCCAAGACUGCUUGAGUAGCCGAGCUGCCUUGGCUGAAUUGCUUCUUGGUUUGUGCUGUGUUGGUGAUGGUGGUGGGCGGGCUUUUCCGGCCAACCCGAACAAGAUGGACAGGUAUCUACUACUCUAUUGUAGACUAGGGCUGACGUUGGAUGGUCCCAUUGUGGUUGUGGUUGUGCACACCCUCUCCCUGUCUUGUUCUCCACCUACACAACUCCACCCUCCCCCCCUGCUUGCCAGCCUUCAUUCCUUCUUCCCUCCGGAGUCGCUUGGUCGCGUUCCAAUUUCAAUUUACGCCCAUAUGAGACACGCGGCAGCCAAGAUCGUCUAA